CUCUCCCCAUCGCUGAUUAGAUAUACUGAUUCCUCCUUUCAAUGGACGUCAUUUAAAGCGCAGACUCCUGCCUUGAGUUGCGUCCUCCGCUUCACGCCCGAUUUCCGACCGCUCUUUUCCUUAUUAUUAAGUAUUCCUGCGGUAUUAACAGUCAUGAAUACGUUCUAUUAGGAGUCCGAGAGGGAGACGAAGAAGCGGCUCUUUUGCUAAUAUGAGCUCAAGCGAGGGGACGGCAGCACUGUGAUAGAAGCCAGGAGAGAAAGGGGAGAAAAGAGGGUUCCAACCAAGAGAAACUUUUCUACCCAAAUCUGCCAGCACCGACGAAUAUCUACAUUUUUUUUAGACCCACACGAAGGGCAGCGGGGAUCUAACCGUUUAUUUCUGAUGGAUUAUCGUCCUGCUUCUGUGGCACAUAUCUGACCGCCGGGGCCAUCGUGAGCUUUUCGGGAGAGAAGAGUCUUCUUUCGGGGGCUAUUUUUUGUUUGGCUGGUUAAUUCCAUUUGCUCGCCCCCCUCCCAACCCUAAACACUCAAAGUGUGUUUUUGAACUGAUUAUUCAAAAAUAAAUCCUUUGAAAUGUUAGUGCACAGUUUUUCCGCGAUGGACCGUCACGACGGCACCAGCAAUGGGACAGCCAGGCUACCUCAGCUGGGCGGCGUGGGCCAGAGUCCCUACACGAGCGCGCCUCCGCUCUCCCACACGCCGAACUCGGACUUCCAGCCCCCGUACUUCCCUCCGCCCUACCAGCCCAUCUAUCCGCAGUCUCAGGACCCUUACUCGCACGUCAACGACCCGUACUCCCUCAACUCCCUGCACGCCCAGCCGCAGCCGCAGCACCCGGGCUGGCCGGGCCAGAGGCAGAGUCAGGAGAGCGGCCUGCUGCACCAGCACCGCGGCCUACCCCACCAGCUGUGCCGGGAGUACCGCAGGGAAGUGCUCCUACCGUCCGGCCAUGGCAUCGAUACGGGACUGUCGGACUCUAUCUCUCUCCAUGGAAUACCUCACUCUUUAGACGACGUUCAGUCCGUUGAUGAUCAAGGAAUUCAUAUUCCCGACCAGACUGUAAUUAAAAAAGGUCCAGUGUCUUUAUCCAAGAACAACAACAUCUCCUCCAUCCCCGUAAAUAAGGACGGUCUUUUCGGAGGAGUGGUUAACCCCAACGAGGUGUUCUGCUCGGUUCCGGGUCGCCUGUCCCUCCUCAGCUCCACAUCAAAGUACAAGGUCACUGUGGCGGAGGUGCAGAGGCGCCUCUCGCCGCCCGAGUGCCUCAACGCCUCCCUGCUGGGUGGAGUGCUGAGGAGGGCCAAGUCUAAGAAUGGAGGAAGAUCCUUACGGGAGAAGCUGGAUAAAAUCGGCUUGAAUCUACCUGCGGGCAGACGUAAAGCUGCCAACGUCACGUUGCUGACGUCACUAGUCGAAGGCGAAGCGGUUCAUCUUGCCAGGGACUUUGGUUAUGUAUGCGAGACCGAGUUUCCAGCCAAGGCGGUAGCUGAGUAUGUAAACCGUCAGCAUUCCGACCCAAACGAACAAGUCCAAAGAAAAAACAUGCUGUUGGCCACAAAGCAAGUCUGCAAAGAGUUCACAGACCUGCUGUCCCAGGACCGCUCGCCGCUUGGGAACUCACGGCCGCAGCCCAUCCUUGAACCGGGAAUCCAGAGCUGUUUGACCCACUUCAGUCUAAUUUCGCACGGCUUCGGGACCCCGGCACUGUGCGCGGCAGUCACGGCCCUGCAGAACUAUCUGACCGAGGCUAUCAAAGCCAUGGACAAAAUGUACCUCAACAACAACCCCAACAGUCACUCAGAUAACGGCACUAAAGGCGGAGACAAAGACGAGAAGCACAGAAAGUGAUGUUUCCCUUUUCCACACCUGCACCGAAGGCCAACCCCCCCCCCCCCUCCCCUCCCAUCCAUGGGGGGCCGUUCUUCUACACCGGCCCCACACCCCUCCGCCUUGCCCCGGGCCCUCCACCCACCCAAUAUAAAUAUUAUAAAUACCUUAUAAAUAAUAUUGAUAAAGUUGAACGUGCCACUUUCUGAUCUUGCGCGGUUUUACAUGUUUUGUUUUUACAUCCCACUUUGGAUUCAAGGGGAAACGAGGCAAGAAUCUUCCUCUUCUUCCUCUUCUUCUUCCAACACCUGAACCAUAUGAAAUGUUAUUUUAAAAAAAAGAAAAAAAGAAAAGAAAAAAAGUGCUGCACCGGGACAGCUCCAGGUCGAGGAAAAGGUGUGUUGCCUCAGCCAGAGGACUUUUUAUGUACUCCCCUUAUUUUUUAUGAGCUGCAACGAACGGACUGCGAUCCAGCGAUCCCUCUAUAUCUCAAUUUUACGAUUGUGACAAAAAAAAACGAAGCAAAAAGAGGAUGAAUUCUUAUCAGUAUUGUGAAUAAUAAACUUGAAAAACAAAGAGAAAAUCCACAGAGCUCCAUGUCAUGACUUCAGUUGUAGACUCUCACUCUCUCCAAGCGACCAACGAACUUUUUUGAAUUUCCACACGAUUCGCAGUUAUAUAAGGGAAUCCGUGUUCAUGUAUGUAUAUAUUUAUUUAUGUGUAAUUUAAUGGGAAUUGUAAAUAUGGUGCGUCUGUUGAAACUUCUUUUUUUUAUUUAUCUGGGUCCUCCUGUUUUAGUGGGUUUGAAUAUUCGGUUAGUUCUUCAUGUGAUUUUAUGGUUCUUAGAAAACAGAAGUUUGGGGUAUUUUUUAUUUCUCUGGGAUAUUUCAAUUCAGCCCCCUUGUAGCAUGUUGAGGCGACAUUGAAGCAAGUGAACAAAUUGAAUAGAAAUAAACAUCCAUUUCGCUCUCUAUAUAUUAUCCUUAUUCAGUUUUUCUUUAAAAUUGAGACAGAGGUGAGACCCUGAGGAGCUGUUUGUUUUUUGUGUUCCUAUUUUCGUUUUUAUACAAACUUUUAUGUGUAGUGCCAAUCAGAAUACGUUUCACCUCUUGUUCUCUCCUUGAAGCACCAUAAAAGCAAUAAAUGGAAAAUUGUCUUUUUUUUAAUGUUGGAAGACAUUCAAAAAAACAUUUUUUGGGACCACCUGAUAUCUUGUUAUGUCCGAUAAUGUCCAAAAUUGGAGGCAGUUUUAGCUGUAUUGUAUAGACAUGUGCUGGCAAUAGUUCCCAUGCCUGUCAAUGUAUUAUAGUCCUUUGUUGCCCAGAAAAAAAAUAAAUAUUUGAUACGCUU